AGCCGAGCGGCGCGCGGCGGCGCAGGCGGCGGCCGGCGGCCGGGGGGCUGCCCCGAUGGGGCAUGGCAAUGAGUGAGCAGACCGAGCGCCAGUGGACAAGGAUGGACAGCUGCACCCAGGAGGGCAGGAAAUGGUGCCCACCCAUCCCCGCAUAGAAUGACUGCCCAGGGAGAGUGGUUCCCCGGGCCCUGGCAGGGCUGCUGACCCUCAGCCUGCAAACCGCUAAGAGCACAAGGACUCUAGACUCUUCCUGUGAAUGGUCCCCUGCCCUGCAGCUCCACCAUGAGGCUGCUUGUGGCCCCCCUCUUGCUAGCUUGGGUGGCUGGUGCCAUUGCCACUGUGCCCGUGGUACCUUGGCACGUGCCCUGCCCCCCUCGGUGUGCCUGCCAGAUCCGGCCCUGGUAUACACCCCUAUCGUCCUACCGCGAGGCCACCACGGUGGACUGCAAUGACCUAUUCCUGACAGCUGUGCCCCCGGCGCUGCCCACAGGCACGCAGACCCUGCUGCUACAGAGCAACGGCAUCGUCCGCGUGGACCAGGGUGAGCUCGGCUACCUGGCCAAUCUCACAGAGCUGGACCUGUCCCAGAACAGCUUUUCAGACACCCGAGACUGUGAUUUCCGUGCCCUGCCCCAGCUGCUGAGCCUGCACCUGGAGGAGAACCAGCUGACCCGGCUGGAGGACCACAGCUUUGCAGGGCUGGCCAGCCUUCAGGAACUCUAUCUCAACCACAACCAGCUCUACCGCAUCGCCCCAAGGGCCUUCGCCGGCCUCAGCAACCUGCUGCGGCUACACCUCAACUCCAACCUGCUGAGGGCCGUGGACAGCCGCUGGUUCGAGAUGCUGCCCAGCCUGGAGAUCCUCAUGAUCGGCGGCAACAAAGUGGACGCCAUCUUGGACAUGAACUUCCGGCCCCUGGCCAACCUGCGCAGCCUGGUGCUCGCGGGCAUGAACCUGCGGGAGAUCUCUGACUACGCCCUGGAGGGGCUUCAAAGCCUGGAGAGCCUCUCCUUCUAUGACAACCUGCUGGCCCGGGUACCCCGGCGGGCGCUGGAGCAGGUGCCUGGGCUCAAGUUCCUAGACCUGAACAAGAACCCGCUCCAGCGGGUGGGGCCCGGGGACUUUGCCAACAUGUUGCACCUCAAGGAGCUGGGGCUGAACAACAUGGAGGAACUGGUUUCCAUUGACAAGUUUGCCCUGGUCAACCUCCCUGAGCUGACCAAGCUGGACAUCACCAACAACCCCCGGCUGUCCUUCAUCCACCCCCGCGCCUUCCAUCACCUGCCCCAGAUGGAGACCCUCAUGCUCAACAACAAUGCUCUCAGUGCCUUGCACCAGCAGACAGUGGAGUCCCUGCCCAACCUGCAGGAGGUGGGUCUCCAUGGCAACCCCAUCCGCUGUGACUGUGUCAUCCGCUGGGCCAAUGCCACGGGCACCCACGUCCGCUUCAUCGAGCCUCAGUCCACCCUGUGUGCCGAGCCACCAGACCUCCAGCGCCGCCCAGUGCGGGAGGUGCCCUUCCGGGAGAUGACGGACCACUGCCUGCCCCUCAUCUCCCCCCGCAGCUUCCCCGCCAGCCUCCAGGUGGCCAGCGGAGAGAGCCUGGUGCUGCACUGCCGGGCGCUGGCUGAACCAGAACCCGAGAUCUACUGGGUCACUCCAGCUGGGGUUCGACUGACGGCUGCCCGGGCAGGCAGGAAGUACCGGGUGUACCCUGAGGGGACCCUGGAGCUGCGGAGGGUGACAGCGGAAGAGGCAGGGCUGUACACCUGUGUGGCCCAGAACCUGGUAGGGGCUGACACUAAGACGGUUAGUGUGGUUGUUGGCCGGGGUCCCCUGCAGCCAGGCAGAGGCAAGGGAUGGGGUCUGGAACUCCAGGUGCAGGAGACUCACCCCUAUCACAUCCUGCUCUCUUGGGUCUCCCCACCCAACACAGUCUCCACCAACCUCACCUGGUCCAGUGCCUCCACCCUCCAGGGCCCCAGGGCCACUGCUCUGGCCCGCCUGCCACGGGGUACCCACAGCUACAACAUCACCCGCCUCCUUCAGGCCACGGAGUACUGGGCCUGCCUGCAAGUGGCCUUUGCUGAUGCCCACACCCAGUUGGCAUGUGUAUGGGCCAGGACUAAAGAGGCCACUCCUUGUCACAGAGCCUUAGGGGACCAACCUGGGCUCAUAGCCAUCCUGGCUCUCACCAUCCUCCUGCUGGCAGCCGGGCUGGCAGCCCACCUUGGCAGUGGCCAGCCCAGGCAGGGAGUGGGUGGGCGGCCUCUCCUUCCAGCCUGGGCUUUCUGGGGCUGGAGCACCCCCUCAGCCCGGGUGGUAUCUGCACCCCUUGUCCUGCACUGGAAUCCGGGGAGGAAGCUGCCCAGGUCCUCAGAAGGGGAGACGCUGUCACCACCAUUGUCGCAAAAUUCCUGAAGCUCAGCCUGUUCUCAGCAGUAGAGAAAUACCUAGGACUACUUUUUACCAAAAGGGAAGCAAUCUGGGCCAGGUACCCUGCCCGGAAAGUAACAU